AUGCAGCAAGAGUUUCUAAUGGAGGAGAGCAGAGGCAAUCAACUUCCUGGCCAGAGGUUCUGCCCCAUGGACGAUGAACUAGUUCUCUUUUACCUCAAGCCGAUGUGGAGCGGACAGAACGUGCCCGGCAGAAACCGCGUGGUGUUCGACUGCGACCUCUACGGUCAGCAAGAACCUUGGGAGAUAUGGGAGACCUUCAAGGCCAGAAGACCACACGACUUGAGGCUCAAUAAGGACAUUUACUUCUUCACCCAACACAAGAAGAUAAGUUCCACAGACAAGCGCGUACGCCGGAAUGUUGGAAGUGGCACCUGGAAGGGGGACGACUCCGGCAAGCCAGUACGAUAUGUUGAUUCUGGUUGUAUUGUUGGCUUGAAGAAAAGAUAUACUUACAAGAAUGAAGACUCGGUGCACAACGGCUGUUGGAUCUUGUACGAGUUCUACCUUGAUCGAUCACUCAGAGACAAGAAACAAAAGGUGAAAGACUGUGUUCUUUGUCGACUACGAAAGAAUGGUGAACCCAAAACCAAGAUUGAAAAGAAGAGAAAGCAACGUGAAGAGGAACAGUUUCUUGAAAACAAUUAUGCCUGUGAUGAUGGAGAAAACUCGAAUAGGGAGCAAGAAGUGUUGCUUGAGCCGCAAGCGAAGCGACAACGAACCGUGCCAUCCAUUGAUAAUGCACCACCAACAAUGCCAUCAGAAGAUGAUGCUGCAUUUGCAGCUGAACUAGAAGAGUCAUUGGAAUGCUCUGAAGAUGAUAAUGCACCCUCAUCAGAAGCUGAAGCAGUUGGCCUUCAAGGUGAGGAGAAUGGUGGACUCCAAAAAUUAGCAUCCGAGGGGCAAUCAUCAGGGCCUUCAUUUGUAGACUAUUAUGGAAUAUUUAAUCCGCUGCCGGAGGAAGAUUUUCUCUGGGAGGAAAUGGUAGAAGAAAUGGGUAUGGUAGAGAAGGAAGAACCGGUUCUUAAUGGUGUAAGUAGUAAUAUAGAUGUGGCUGAAGAUAACGCGGUAAACAGCACCCUUCUUUAUGCUCCCACAUCAUCCAUGUCAAUGGCCUCUGAUGGUUGCACUGAUAUGCCAUAUUUGUCGGAAAAUUGUUGCAUUGAUCCAUCUGGAAGCAAUAAUGUUUGUGGUGGAUCGAUUGGCUUCCAGGAUGAUGCGUACUGGCUUGAGUCUUUGGUAGAGGUCCCAACUGAUGAGCAACAGAAGACAGCUGAUUGUUCAGAUUGGUUGGAGUCAGUGAUCAAUUUUAGUCCUGAGGAGAACAACUUCCUUUGGAGUGAAAUGCAAUGGUGUUCGUAG